GCCGCUCGCAGCUCCGCCCCUUCCGGCGCGCGUCUCGUCAUGGCGCAGGGCCAGCGCAAGUUCCAGGCGCAAAAGCCGGCUAAGAGCAAGGCCGCGGCGGCAGCCUCGGAACGAAACCGUGGGCCGAGAAAAGGCGGUCGAGUGAUCGCCCCCAAGAAAGCGCGCAUCGUGCAGCAGCGGAAGAUCAAGAAGGACCUGGAGAUGGGGAUUCGAAAGAAGAUUGAGCACGAGGUGGUGAUGAAAGCCAGCUCCAACCUGCCCAAGAAGCUGGCACUGCUGAAGGCCCCGCUCAAGAAGAAGGGGACCACUGCCUCCCGCAAGACAUGAAUUCACAGGCUGCACCUCAGGCAAGGGACUCAUCAGCCACCACUGGUGGCUCCCAGAGCCUAGGAGCAGCUGCAGGCUUAGCUGCUGUGGGCAUGAGGGGGAGGGUGUAUCCGCAUUCUCCCGUCGCCACUCCUGUCUCCACUGGUUUAACCCAGACAAUAAACAUGGCUUUGCCAUCCUGUGUCA